UAGCUAAAAAAAACAGCGAACGGGAACGAGGGAGUCCAUUUUGAUUCUCUCUCUCUCGUCGCGGUGAAUUCGAUCGAUCCAUCGAUCUCAAAUUAUUAUUCAAUUCAAUCGAAGGAAUCAUCAUCAUCAUCAAUGGCUCCAGUUUCAGCGCUCGCCAAGUACAAGCUGGUGUUUUUGGGGGAUCAGUCGGUGGGGAAAACGAGCAUCAUCACCAGAUUCAUGUACGACAAAUUCGACAACACUUACCAGGCUACAAUUGGCAUUGAUUUUCUGUCGAAGACAAUGUACCUGGAAGAUAGGACUGUUCGACUGCAACUAUGGGAUACAGCUGGACAAGAGAGAUUCCGGAGUCUCAUUCCUAGUUACAUUCGGGAUUCUUCUGUUGCUGUUAUCGUGUAUGACGUUGCCAGCCGGCAAUCUUUCCUUAAUACUUCGAAGUGGAUUGAAGAGGUGCGUACCGAGAGGGGUGGUGAUGUCAUCAUUGUCCUUGUCGGCAACAAGACUGACCUUGUUGACAAAAGGCAAGUUUCUAUAGAGGAAGGGGAAGCUAAAGCACAUGAGCUUGGUGUCAUGUUUAUUGAGACAAGUGCCAAAGCUGGAUUCAAUAUUAAGGCAUUGUUCAGAAAGAUAGCUGCUGCACUCCCGGGGAUGGAGACUCUCUCGUCAACAAAACAGGAAGAUAUGGUCGAUGUUAAUCUUAGGGCUACCAACACAAAUGCUUCUAGCUCACAGACACAAUCCGGUGGAUGCGCCUGUUGAAGAUCUGGAACUACUCUUGCUCGUCCCUCAAUAUUCAAUAUCGUCUGCAGUAUCAUGUCUCUAUGGGCUUCAUUUAUACAGAGCUACCUGCUGAAAGAAGGCAUAUGAUUGAGAUGAAGAUUUUGGUUACCUACUUUUGUGCUCUUUUCCUUCUUGUUUAGAAUCAUGUUAAUAGAAAUUUAUUUUUAGUUUUUGUGGGCAUUUUGAACUAUAAUGUUAUCUGAGUGUGGGGAUUAGAUUUAGAACCCAGACUAGAAUCGAUUUGAAAUAAUAGUUGGUGAAGUGAAUUGAAUUGUGCUAUA